AUGAAAGCUUUGCUUGUGUUUUUAUUGGGUCUUCACCUGGUCAUGGGAAAAGGUCACUGGUGUGAGCACACAGUGGAAGAGAAAGUUGAAAAGAUCAUCACUCCCCGCUUGCAGCUUGAGGCGGCAUGCUCAGAGGUGUACCAAUUCAACACUCAAGGCUGGAGGCUGGAUGUAGACAGAAUGCGCCACACACAUGGCGGUGAUGAUGGUAUUGCCACGUAUUACAAAAGACAGGGCCCCAGAGCUUCCUGCUAUCUAUUCAAGGCUGCAAACAUUGUGAGUGAAGCAGUGAAUAAAACAGUGAGGGUGUGUUGUGAAGGCUGGGCUGGCCCCCACUGCUCACAGGGAGUGAGUAUUAGAGGUCUGUGUUUUUCUACAUGGAAUUGUGAGGAGUUCCCUGGUGUUCAGAAUUCCUCUCUUAUGGCGCUUGAGCAGUGCUGUGGUAGCAUGUGGGGUCUUAGCUGGAAAAACGCUUCUGACCAGACCUGCCUGUCUUGUUCUUACACACUGUUGCCAGAUGCUCAGCCAUCACCCUUUUUUCGCAGGGGACUUUUAGGUGCAGUUAGAGACUCCAAAGCCUCUGCCACUUGCUUGAGCUGGGGUGGAGCACAUUAUCGCUCCUUUGACAAAAAGCACUUCCAUUUUCAUGGUGGUUGCACCUACGUGCUGGCCUCUUCCACUGAUGGUACCUGGACUGUCUAUAUCAGCACUGUAUGUGAUGGUGGAGGACACUGCAGCAAGGCACUGCGCAUGAUGUUGGGACUUGAUCUGGUGUCUGUAAAUAAGGAUAAUAUAACGCUCAACGGUGCCUUAUUACAACAGGGAGAACCUUUGUUUCAAAAUGGAGUGAGUAUUCACUGGUUGGGAGAUUUUGUGUUUGUUGAAAGUGGAUUGGGCAUAAGAGUGAAAUUCGACAUGGGAAACACAGUAUACCUGACAGUUAAUGCAGAACACUUUGGUGCAACAAGGGGCUUGUGUGGACUAUACAACAACAAUGCAGAUGAUGACUUUACCAGUAGGAGUGGAAGUGUGUCGCAGUAUGCUGCAAGUUUUGGAAACUCAUGGCGUGUUUCAGACCAAAAAACAGAGGGUUGUAGUGAUGCAGCAGAGCUGGGCCACAGCUGUGAUCUCACUGGUGAUGUGAAUUUGCGGAAAUCUGCGGAGUCAACAUGUCAUCAGCUUAAAGAGAUUCCCUUUUCCCACUGCCAUCAUUGGGUGGAUCCAGGUCCCUAUAUAGAUACCUGCCUGUAUGUGUACUGCAGUACGGGUGCAAGUGACAGAGAGAUGGCUGUGUGUGACACAUUAGCCAGCUAUGCUCGCGAGUGCGCCCAACAACAUGUUAUCCUGAGCUGGAGGAGACCUGGUCUCUGUGAGCGAGUGUGUCCCAGGGGUCAGCUCUUCUCUGACUGUGUAUCUUCCUGUCCUCCCAGCUGUUCCUCAGCACUCCCACCGGCUUCGGCCCAGUGUCGGGAGGAGUGUGUGGGGGGUUGUGAGUGUCCUCCUGGGCUUUAUCUGCAUGAAGGCCAGUGUUUACGGCGGAACCAAUGUCCCUGCUUCUACAGGAGACAUACAUAUCAGGAGGGAGACAUCAUUAAACAGAAGUGUAACACCUGUGUGUGUCGGGAAGGUCAGUGGCAGUGCUCUGCAGAGAGGUGUAAAGCUCAGUGCAGCAUUAUUGGGGCAAUGCAUAUCAGUACCUUUGAUAAGAAGAGGUAUAGCCUCCAAUCUGGUGACUGUCAGUUUAUAGCCACUGAGGAUUUUUUGGAUAAGAAGUUAACAGUUACCAUCAGAAGUGGAGUGUGUGUGACAAGAGGUGGCAAGCAAUGCCCAUAUGAGAUAAUCAUCACUGCCCUUCAUACAACAGUGACCUUAACUAACACAGGCUCAGUGAUGCUGAAUGGGCAGCAGGAGGCUUUGCCAGUGUUGACGCCUGACCUGGCCGUGCAGAGAUCCUCCUCCAGUUUCUUGCUGGUCCAGGCAUUUGGGGCUCAGCUGCUGUGGCACACUGAAGGUCCUUUCAUCCUCAUCACUCUGCAGCCAAGCUUUGCUCUUAAGGUGAGGGGCCUGUGUGGAACACUGACCUGGAAUCAACAUGAUGACUUCACCACACCAGAGGGGGACGUUGAAAACAGUGUGUCCUCUUUUGCCACCAAGUUCAGUCUUCGUUCAUGUUCUUUACCCUUAACAGUGACCUCAGACCCCUGUAGCACCUACACCCAGCGCAGACAGUAUGCAGAGAGUGUCUGUGCAGUUAUCCACAGUCCAGUGUUUCAGGCCUGUCAUGAUGUGGUGGACCGGGAGCCCUACAUGCGCCUGUGUCUGACUGAAGUGUGUAGCUGUACCCCCAACACACAGUGCCAUUGUACUGUACUUCUGGCCUAUGCUCAACAAUGUGCACAGGAGGGGGUGUUGGUGAGCUGGAGAAACAAUACCUUUUGCCCGGUGCAGUGCUCAGGGGGGCAGGUGUAUCAGGAAUGUGGACGGCCGUGUGGAGGCUCAUGUACAGACUUACAGCAGAAAUGGAGCUGCCAAGAAAAUGCAGGCAGUCAGAGUUGUGUACCAGGCUGCCAGUGUCCUGCAGGUCUGGCAAAGGAUGACCAGGGUCAGUGUGUUCCAGUCAGCAUGUGCCCGUGUGUCCAUGCUGGGGUUGUCCAUCCACCAGGAAGCUCUGUGCAGAUCAGCUGCAAUAGCUGUGUGUGUGGACGUGGUGUAUGGAACUGUACUGAACAUACCUGUCCUGAGGUCAGGGAAUGUCCAGGAUCACUCGUCUUCUCACCUCGCUCAUGUCUGAGAACGUGCUCUGAUCUGGACAAUCCUCAAGUGGUCUGCACAGAGCCCAUCUUUGGCUGUGUCUGUCCUGAGGGAACCGUGCUUUUGGGAGAUCAGUGUGUCGAUCCUAAUGAGUGCCCAUGUCACCACAAUGGCAGACUCUUCUUUACCAACGAUACCAUCUCUAAAGACUGUAACACAUGUGUAUGUAAGCGGCAGCGAUGGCACUGCACCCAGCUUUUAUGUGCUGGGACAUGUGUGGCCACAGGUGACCCACACUACGUGACCUUUGAUGGGCGCUGUUUCUCCUUUCUGGGAGAUUGUGAAUACAUGCUGGUUCAGGAGACAGGAGGCCUGUUCAGCGUUACUGCUGAGAAUGUUCCCUGUGGCAGCACUGGAGUUACCUGCACCAAAUCUGUUACACUGCGCAUUGGCAACACCGCCAUUCACCUGCUCAGAGGCAAAGCUGUGACAGUAAAUGGAAUGCCAGUGACUCUUCCCAAGUCCUACUCAGGCAGUGGAUUAAUGGUGGAGAAAGUUGGCCUGUUUGUGUCUCUUUCUUCUCGUCUUGGAGUUACACUACUUUGGGAUGGAGGUAUGCGUGUUUAUGUGCAACUGGCAUCCCACUUGCGAGGCCGAGUUGGGGGUUUGUGUGGUAACUUUGACGGAGACUCAGAAAAUGAUUUCACCACAAGGCAGGGCAUAGUUGAGUCCACACCAGAGCUGUUUGGGAACUCCUGGAAGGUUAGCCCUACUUGCCCUGAUGUCACUGAGCAAGACCUGCGGGAUCCUUGCAGUAUCAAUCCCCAUAGAGUUUAUUGGGCAAAGAAAAAAUGUGCUGUGAUUACCCAGGAUCUCUUUGCCCUCUGUCAUGCUGAAGUACCAUAUCAACAAUAUUAUGACUGGUGUGUCUUUGAUGCCUGUGGCUGUGACUCUGGAGGAGACUGUGAGUGUCUUUGCACAGCCAUAGCCGCCUAUGCUGAAGAGUGCAACCGCAGAGGAGUCUAUAUCCGCUGGCGAUCUCAGGAGCUUUGCCCUAUGCAGUGUGAGGAUGGUUUGGUGUAUGAAGCUUGUGGUCCUGCGUGCUCUGCUGUCUGUCCUGGAAGCUCUUCUAGUGUGGACUCUCACUGCAGUUCCAUCUCCUGUGUCGAGGGCUGCUUCUGCCCUCCUGGCACUGUCCGCCAUGGUGACAGCUGCAUUUCUCUGUCUAAGUGCCCAUGUGAGUGGGAAGGCUCCCUCUUUCCUCCUGGAGCAGCUAUAACUCAAAACUGUCAGAACUGUUACUGCUCUAAUGGUACGUGGCACUGUGUCGGCCCAGCAUGCACUCUCACUGCUCCCUGUCAAGACACCGAGUUUCAGUGUGAUAAUGGCCCUCGCCGCUGUAUUCCCUCCCUGUGGCUCUGUGAUAAUGAGGAUGACUGUGGAGAUGGUUCAGACGAGCUCUGCCCCUCCACCUGUCCUCCUGGACAGUUCCGCUGCUCCGGAGGGGCGUGUUUACCCCUGGAGCUCCGCUGUAAUGGCCACCCUGACUGUGCCGACCAGUCUGAUGAGGAGUUCUGUGCUCCGGGUUCAGCAGUUCCAGGUUGUCCACCUGGGGAGUUCCUUUGUGCUAAUGGACGCUGUCUGUCAGCCGCUAAUGUAUGUGAUGGACGACUGGACUGUGGGUUUGCUGAUGACUCGGAUGAACGAGACUGUGGAGUGGUGUGUGCUGAAGAGGAGUUCCGCUGUUCAGCCGGACGCUGCAUACUCUAUUUGCAUCGCUGUGAUGGUCAUGAUGACUGUGGCGACUUUAGUGAUGAGCGCGGGUGUGUUUGUACUCCUGGAGAGUUCCAGUGCCCCGGUGAUCAAUGUAUACCUGCAGCAAGAGUUUGUGAUGGCCAUAAAGACUGCCCGUCUGGGAUUGAUGAAGUAAUCUGUCCUGUUAAAGACUGUGACCAGCAUGAGUUUGGCUGUUUAAAUGGACAGUGUGUGCCGCUUGCUUGGCGUUGUGAUGGAGAGACCGACUGUCUGGAUGGAAGUGAUGAGCAGCAGUGUGCUCGGGUUUGUGAACCUGAUCAGGUUCUCUGUCUUAGUGGAGACCAGUGUGUUCAGCAUGUGCAUCUGUGUGAUGGAACACCACACUGCAGGGAUGCCUCUGAUGAAAAUGUGGACAACUGCGGGUCCACUCGAAUUCCACCCUGCCCUGGCAGCUUCUCAUGUGAUAACAGAACUUGUGUGAACAUAUCCAGUGUGUGUAACGGCAUUCCAGACUGUCCAAAAGGAGAGGACGAACUGCUUUGUGUAAAGCCCAGCACCACUCCUGGUCCAACUGAUGGCAACACUUCUCACAUCUGUCCUGAGUUCACUUGCCUGGAUGGAUCCUGUGUCCCAUUUAAAUUAGUAUGUGAUGAAGUAGCAGACUGCCCUGAUGUUGAAGGCCCCUCAGAUGAGAAAGGCUGUAGGAGUUGGGGCCAUUGGGGACCCUGGAGCCCCUGUAGUCGCUCCUGUGGCUCUGGCAUUAUGAGCAGACACAGACUCUGCCCCGAAGGGGAUGCACUUACCCACUGCAGGGGAGAGGACACACAAAAACAACAGUGCUACUCCACAGCAUGUCCAGUUGAUGGAUACUGGUCAGCGUGGACAACGUGGUCUAACUGCACCAAAGGAUGUGGGGGAGUUGAGAUCCGCCAAAGAGUGUGUGUUCCACCCCAGAAUGGAGGCCGAGCCUGCACUGAGCUCCCAGGAGAGACAGCCCUGAACAUGGAGAUCAAGCCUUGUCCACAGGAUACCUGCACUAACGUCUCCUGUCCUGCUGGUUUGGUUUCACACACUUGUGCCCCUUGUCCUGAAACUUGUGCUCAUGUAUCCAGUGAUUCCUCCUGUGAUUCCAGCACUCAGUGCUUCACAGGUUGCUGGUGUCCAGAGGGGAAAGUGAUGAACCACUUGCAGAAGUGUGUGUUGCCGGAGGAGUGUCUGUGUGAGGUGUCAGGUGUGCGCUACUGGCCAGGCCAGCAGGUCAAGAUGGGCUGUGAAAUUUGCAGGUGUGAUAGAGGUCGACCACAGCACUGCCUGCCCAUCCCGGAGUGCACAGUGCAUUGUGGCUGGUCAUCCUGGUCCCCGUGGGGGGAGUGUUUGGGUCCAUGUGGGGUACAGAGUGUCCAGUGGUCUUUUCGAAGCCCAAAUAAUCCCUCCAAACAUGGCAAUGGCAGACAUUGUCGUGGAAUUUACAGAAAGGCCAGGCGGUGUCAGACAAAGCCUUGUGAAGAAUGUGAGUAUCAGGGAGAAUUCCACGCAGUGGGUGAUCGCUGGAAAGGAAGUCAGUGCCAGCUUUGUAACUGUUUACCCAAUCUUACAGUGCAGUGUGCCCCUUUCUGCCCAUACACUGUUUCUGGAUGCCCUCAGGGUCAAACUCUAAUAACAGGAAAGGACAAGUGUUGCUAUUGUGAAAACACUGCUUAUAAUGGCAGUGUGACUCCAACACCAGCAGUUUUGCCAAUCACGAUUAAGUCAUCCAAAGCACCAGAGGGUCCACCAUUAGUGCCUACAUUUCCUCUCCCACCUGGAGAUGAGUGCUGGUCUCCAUUGGGAGUUCAGUCUUUACCUGCCUCCAGUUUUAGUGCCUCGUCACAGCAGCAAGAUCAUCCACCCUCUGCAGGACGCCUCCAUUUCCAAAACCCGCACAGUGAUCUGCAGGGCUGGAGUCCUAAACCUGAGCAGUACAGAGAGCUUCCUCCAACUUCUCCUCACAGCCAUACAAACCACAGCCAGGCCCCUUACCUUCAGAUCGACCUACUAAAGCCUUACAACAUCACAGGGUUGCUUACUCAGGGAGGUGGACAUUUUGACACCUUUGUGUCCAGUUUCUAUAUGCAGUUUAGUAGUGAUGGCAUCCAGUGGUACACAUAUAAGGAGCUCAUUACAGAUGCUCGCCCUAAAGCCAGGGUGUUCCUGGGUAAUCAUGAUGACCGAAGUGUGGCACAGACCAGACUAGACAGGAUGGUGUUAGCUCGGUUUGUACAAGUGCUGCCUCAUGACUUUCAGAAUGGCAUUUACCUCCGAGUGGAGCUCAUGGGCUGUGGGGAUGAUUAUAAAUGGCUUACUACUGCUGCUCCCUUGGUGACUAUGUCUUCCUCAUCCAAGCCGUGCAGAGAGAGGGAGUUCCAGUGUGGAAACGGCAGAUGUGUUCCGAGUGGGCGUCAGGGAGUUGUAUGUGACGGGGUCAAUGACUGUGGAGAUGGCUCAGAUGAACUCAGCUGUGGCACUCAGCCAUUUCCUACCCCAAGCUCCAGAGGUUGCCCAAGGGAUCAGUUCUCAUGCCCUCCUCCAGGUGGAUGUAUUAAAUCAACACAGCUCUGUGAUGGAUUCCCUCAGUGUCCUGAUGGAGCUGAUGAAAGAGGCUGUGGCUCCUCUCCAAAUCAUACCCAUGUCACCCCGACCGCAGCUCCACUCAGGACCCCCAGUAUGGCUGCUGUCACAUUCCCGAGAACACCAAUUACCACAGCUUCACCUGGUGGGAAACCUGGAUACUUGGAUGUCUGUUCCUCUCCUCUGGGAUUGGAGGAUGGCCGUGUUCACUAUGGUCAGAUUACUGCAUCAUCAUCCAGGGAGAAUAACCCAGCUGACACAGGCCGUCUUAACAUCGUCCCCAAUGUUUUAGUGAUGGAACCAGGUUGGAGCCCAUUACCAGGAGACCCCCAGCCCUACUUUCAGGUGGAUUUCUUAGAGCCGACGUGGGUGUCAGGUGUAAUCACUCAAGGUAGUGAGCAUAUGUGGGGCUAUCUCAGCCAGUACCGUCUGGCUUUUGCUCUGACAGAGAACAACUACACAGACUUCACUGAGACUGGGGUCAAAGGCUCAGCCCCGAAGAUCUUUGAUGUGAGGAUGGUGGGCAGAACUCCAGUCACGCGCUGGCUGGGCAGGCUGGUGAGGGCUCGCUACUUGCGGAUCAUACCAGUGCAGUACCGUCAUACCUUUUACCUCAGAGUGGAGAUUCUAGGUUGCAGAGAAGAAGAGCUGGUCACUCCCACAGCACCUGUUGGUGUGGUGACUGAGAGACGAUGUAAGCCAGGUCAGUUUGCGUGUCGGAGUGGGGAGUGCAUGCCUGUUUUAGUUCUCUGUGAUGGAAAGCUGGACUGUGAAGACCACUCAGAUGAGCUACACUGUGGUACAGUUCCUACUCCAGGACUUCCAGGGUUACAUAAUUACACAGCAUCAGCAGGGGGUCCUGGUACCAGGAAUUACACAUCUGGGCCUCCAGGACUGCACACCAAGACUCCCCAAGAUGGUCACCCUGGAGUGGCUACAGGUUCUUCCACUGGUACACCAGGUAUAGGCCCUCGUGGACCAACUGGAGAGCCAGGGUUGUGGAAUGCAACAACACCUCACGAUGGUUUACCUAGAGUGGUAUGUGUUGAGGGCCAGUUUAUCUGCAAGACCUUUGGCUGUGUGGAUGCGGCACUUGUGUGUGAUGGCCGAGAGGACUGUCCAGAUGGCUCAGACGAACACAACUGUGGUUUCUCAACAGUACCUCCACCAACACCUACACACCGCCCACUGGUGCCCAGUCCCUGCUCUGCCAAACAAUUCACCUGUGGUAGUGGAGAGUGUGUGCGCCUGGACAAGAAGUGUAAUUUCCACAAAGACUGUGCUGAUGGCUCAGAUGAGAGAAAUUGUGUAGACUGUGUGCUGUCUCCAUGGACGGCAUGGAGUCAGUGCAGUGUGUCAUGUGGGCUGGGAUCUCUCUUUCGUCAGCGCAAAAUUUUGAGAGAUGCCCGGCUUGGAGGUUCCUGCGGAGGUGCUCAGUUCGACAGCAGGGCUUGCUUUCUCCAGGCCUGUCCUGUUGACGGGCAGUGGGCAGAGUGGAGCGAGUGGUCAGUGUGUGAUGCAGACUGUGGUGGUGGCCUGAGGAUGAGGAACAGAUCUUGCUCAAACCCUCCAGUAAAAAAUGGUGGAAAAGAGUGUGAGGGGAUGACCAUGCAGACCCAGAGCUGCAACACAGACCCAUGUGGAACCGGUACUGACUCUCAUACAGGCUGCACUAAUGGCAUGGUGUUAGUGACAGAAGCAGACUGUGUGGAGGGACGAGUGGAGCUGUGUCCUCAGACUUGUUCUGACUUUAACUCCGAAAGGAACUGUUCAUCUGACUGCCUUACAGGGUGCCGCUGUCCGAUUGAUUUGUUUUUUCAAGACGGCCACUGUGUCAGUGCUAGCAAAUGUGUGUGCUUUUGGGAUGGUUCAGUGCUACAGCCAGGGGAGGAGGUCAUUAAAGACAAUUGUACAGUCUGCGUGUGUCGAGAUGGUCAUGUUUUCUGUGACAACUCCAGCUGUAUUGGCCAGUGUAACUGGUCAGCCUGGUCCGCAUGGACACCAUGUGACAGCCACUGUGGAAUCGGCAUACAGCAGCGCUUUAGGUAUAUUAUUUCUCCAAGUGAUUCUGAAGCAGUUAGUAUAGAGCCAUGUGUUGGAGACUCUACAGAGGCACGGCAGUGCUACACACCCUGCCCACCAGAUGGAACUCUAUGGAGUGAAUGGUCAGUAUGGUCAGAGUGCAGUAAGACAUGUUUCCAUCACGUUGAUGCUGUGGGUAUGAGACGCCGCUUUAAGAGCUGUAAUAACUCUAGCACCAACUGUGUUGACAAAGAGAAGCAGGAAGAGCAAGAGCCCUGCAACACGGUGCACUGUCCAGUAAAUGGUGGCUGGUCGGCAUGGUCAGCUUGGUCUGAUUGCUCCUCAGAGUGUGACUCUGGAAUUCAGACACGAGAACGGUUCUGUAGCUCUCCUCCUCCUCUGUAUGGGGGCAGCAGCUGCCUGGGCCCUCACAUACAGACCAAAGACUGCAACUCUAAUCCCUGCACAGGUGUGUGUCCAGCUGGUCUGAGCUACUUGACCAUAGAGCAGUGCCAGGCUCAGGGUGGAGCAUGUCCACGUGUGUGUCUCGAUGCCAUGCCCUCAGUAGAGUGUGCCACCGAGUGUUAUGAUGGCUGCUAUUGCUCUCCAGGCUUCUACCUGUUCAACAACUCCUGUGUGUUACUUAAUCAGUGUCCCUGUUACCACCAAGGGGUUCUCUAUUCACAGGGUGACACAGUGCCACAUGAUACAUGCAACAACUGCACUUGCAAUAAUGGAGAGAUGCAGUGUGGCACAGUUCCUUGUCCUGUUGACUGUGGUUGGAGUGAGUGGACCUCCUGGAGCUCAUGCAGCAGGACAUGUGAUGUGGGCGUCAGGAGGCGUUACAGAUCAGGGACCAACCCACCACCAGCAUUCGGGGGCCGUUCGUGCAGGGGUGAUCGCAUUCAGCUGGACACAUGUAGCAUCUACCCUUGUAGUGGCAUACUGGGUCCAUGGAGUCCAUGGUCUGAAUGCUCAGUACCAUGUGGUGGGGGAUACAGGAACAGAACUCGAGGACCAUUGAGGGUACAUGGCACACCGCAACAGUUUAGUGCCUGCAACCUGCAUCCCUGCAGUGAUGGGCGUGGCUGUGCUGUGGGUCAGGAGUGGACGGACUGUCUGAGAGAAGUCUUGCUCUGCUCUGAUCUAGGAAAAGAAAGCGCGUUGAACUUCUCCUGUUCUCCUGGAUGUCAGUGCCCACUGGGUUCUGCCCUCCAGGAUGGACGAUGUGUACCUCUGUCUCUGUGCCGCUGUGAUGUGGAUGGUGAACAGUAUGAGCCUGGAGCUGUGGUCAAUAAAGACUGCAACAACUGCACUUGUGAAUCUGGUCGACUGGUGAACUGCACACAUAUGGAGUGUAAUGUGGAUGGUGGCUGGUCAGUGUGGACUCCGUGGAGUGUGUGUUCUGUGUCAUGUGGAGUUGGUUUUCAGUCACGCUAUCAUUUUUGCUCUAAUCCUGAGAGGGCUGGUGCUGGACUGCCUUGCCUAGGACCAGACCGGCAGGACCAAGUGUGUGUACAGUCACCAUGCAGCAGUGAUGGAGGAUGGAGUGAGUGGUCUUCCUGGACAGACUGUACCAGGUCUUGUGGUGGUGGUGUGCAGAGCCGCCGACGUGAAUGCGACAGCCCGACCCCUGAUGGAGAGGGAGACUUCUGUGAAGGGCUCAAAACUGAAAUUAUCGCUUGUAACACAGAGCAUUGCCCAGUGAGUUCAUGUUCAGACGUGCCAGGUUCCGUGUUCAGUAGCUGUGGGCCCUCGUGUCCACGCACAUGUGACGAGCUUGCUCACUGUGAGUGGCGAUGUGAGCCUGGAUGUUACUGUACGGAUGAAAAAGUAUUGAGUGUUAAUGGCACAGCAUGUGUAGAAAGAGAUCAGUGUCCUUGCCUGGACCUGACCACCGGACAGCGCAUCGAACCUGGAGAAACAAUCCUCACUCCUGAUGGCUGCAACAACUGUACCUGUCAUGCAGGACAGCUUACUUGUAGCAGCCACCCAUGUCCAGUGGAUGGUGGCUGGUGUGAAUGGUCUACCUGGACACCAUGCUCAAAGACAUGUGGGGCUGAAUGGGUCUCUCGCUAUAGGAGCUGUGCUUGUCCGGUUCCUGUGUCCCGAGGGGCAGCGUGUCUAGGCCAGCAGGAGGUGCACAAUGGCCUUGGGGUGGAAAUAGAAAGACAACCUUGUUCUUCGAUCACCUUCUGCCCAGUUCAUGGAUCUUGGAGUUUGUGGAGUGCAUGGUCAGAGUGUGACGCCUGUGCAGGUGUGUCUGUAAGAAGGCGGGAGUGUAACAGCCCUCCUGCUCGAUUUGGAGGACUAGCAUGCCAUGGCGAGUCUCUGCAGAGUCGUGGUUGCCACGACAACCAAACCGUUUGCUCAGAAUGUGGGGGAGGUCAGGAGGAGUGGCCUUGCGGAAAACCAUGCCCUCGUUCAUGUGAAGAUCUUCAUGGUGACACCGAGUGUGUAGAUGUGUCUGGGUGCAGUCUGACCUGUGGGUGCCCGGGUGACAUGGUUCUCCAGGAUGGAGUGUGUGUGGAAAGAGAGGAGUGUCGCUGCAAAUUCCAAAACAGCACCAAUGUGGAUCUAAAUAUCAGCAACUCAUCAUGGGAGUGGCCGGGCAGGAUGGAUUGGCAGUACAUACAGUCAGGAGAAAACAUCCUCACUGACUGCAGCAACUGCACCUGUCAGGCAGGUGUCUUGCAGUGCGACUCACUUCCAGGUUGUGUUAUCGAUGGAGGCUGGAGCCAGUGGGGUCCCUGGUCAGAGUGUUCAACCUUAUGUGGUGGUGGAAUCCAGCUGCGGCUUCGGCAGUGUAACAACCCUGUGCCUCAGGGAGAAGGACGAGAGUGCAGUGGAGCUGGUGACCAGCAGAGGGAGUGCAACAACCAUGCAUGCACAGAUACUGGCCCAUGGUACAGCUGGUCAGCGUGGUCUGUGUGUUCGGUUACCUGCGGCGGAGGACAACAGAGGCGCACUCGAUCCUGCCGUAUUCCCCCCUGCAGUGGUAUGACACGACAGAGCAAGACCUGCAACACACAAGUAUGCUUAGAGGUGGGCUGCCCUCCAGGCCGUCUGUAUCGAGAGUGUGAGCGAGGUGAGGGCUGUCCGUUCAGCUGUGCUCAGGUUAGUGGUCUUGAAGGCUGUUACUCAGAAGGCUGUGAGGAAGGUUGCCACUGCCCACCCAACACCUUCCAGCACCAAGGAGCCUGCCUACAGGAGUGUCCAUGUCUAGUGGGCCAGGAGCUAUUGACUUCACUUCAGAGAGUGUCUCUGACCCCAGAGUUAACACCAGACCUACAGAAUAUUACCAUGGGAACUGAACUGAUGUCUGGAGAGGAGCUGAUGCAUGAGUGUAGCUCCUGCUUGUGUGAACAUGGUGUCUGGAACUGCUCUCUGGUGCCCUGUCCUCGUGAUGGAGGUCUAAGUCAGUGGGGACCCUGGGGGCCUUGCUCACUCAGCUGUGGAGGUCUGGGGCAGAAAGUGCGCAAUAGGAGUUGUACUGAGCCAAGCCCUGCACAUGGGGGUCAAGAUUGCGUUGGAGACCUGCAGGAAAUGGCCUACUGCCAGACACCAGACUGCCCAGUGAAUGUACUUCCUACAGAAGAGCCUCCUACACUAGAUGACGAUUCGGGGUUCUCCCAGUGGACAUCAUGGAGCUCAUGCUCUAAAACAUGUAGUGAUGCUGGUCCUCCUGCACUAAAGUUUCGACACAGAAAGUGCAUCAGUGCAGCCUGCUCAGGACAGAGCGAACAGCAGAGAAUCUGCAACCUUCCCCAGUGUCCUGAUGGUGGGGUGUGUGUGGAUGAGGCAUGUGCCCAUAGGAACUGCUCGUGGACAAACUGGGGUGAAUGGAGUGUGUGUUCACGCUCCUGUGGUGUCGGUCAGCAGCAACGUGUCCGCAGCUUCAUUGCCCCUGGUAUUAAUGGAACCUGGUGCCCAGACGUCAUUGAUGGAAACGUGGAGAAUCGCUUCUGCAACAUCCGUGCCUGCCGCGUGGAUGGAAGCUGGUCUCGCUGGAGUCAAUGGUCCCUCUGUGACAAGACUUGCGGUGGUGGGCGUUCCGUUCGCACGCGCUCCUGUUCUAGCCCUCCACCCAAAAAUGGGGGACACAACUGUGUUGGAGAGAAAAACCAGGUCAAACCCUGCAACACCAAACCAUGCGAUGAGCGUGGAUGCCCACCAGGUCAUGCGUUUGUCCCAUGCGCCAACAACUGCCCUCAGCGAUGCUCAGACCUACAGCAGGAGAUUCAGUGCCAGAACAAUACAGAGUGCCAGCCAGGCUGUCGCUGCCCUCGAGGCGAGCUGCAGCAGGAUGGCAUGUGUGUGAAGGUUUGGCAGUGUGACUGUGUGGAUGCUCUGGGGCAGAGCUGGGCUGCAGGCAGUACACACCAAGUGGGCUGCAAUAACUGCAGCUGUGUAGACGGGGUGCUGUCCUGCACCAACCACAGUUGUGCCAGAGAGAGCAGCUGUUCCUGGAGCACUUGGUCCAGCUGGGCCUCCUGCAGUGUCACCUGUGGGUCAGGACAGAGAGCACGCUUCAGGUCACUGAUUCCUGAUACUCCAGAUGCUGACUGUCAGUUUGAGGAAGUUCAACACAAACCAUGUGACCUAGGGCACUGCCCGCCGCUGUGUCUCCAUGGCAACAAGUCACUGUCUGUCGGCGACACAUGGUUAGAAGGAGAAUGUAAACAGUGCACAUGUAUACCUGAAGGAGAGUAUUGCCAAGACAUUGACUGUCAAGUGAAUGGAGGUUGGACUCCAUGGUCUGUGUGGUCUGACUGCUCUGUGAUGUGUGGUCAUGGAAGUCAGAUCCGCACUCGGGCCUGCAUUAACCCCCCACCCCGAAACAACGGCACACACUGCUCUGGACCAGAGAGAGAGACCAAAGAGUGUGAUGCAGCUCCCUGUCUUGAUGACCUGUGUCCAUGGUCCAGCUGGUCUUCCUGUUCACGGAGCUGCGGUGCAGGUGUGGUGUCCAGACACAGGAGGUGUGUGUGUGAGGAUGAAGGUGAUGAUGCCUGCCCUGUUUAUGUACAUACAGAGAGACACAAAGAAGAGACACGUCUGUGUUACAAGCGUCCCUGUCCAGAUUGCCCCAUGUCCGAGUGGAGCGAGUGGACAGCGUGUUCCUGUACGUCUCAGGUGCAGCACCGCUAUCGUGUGCCACUCUCUUUAGCCACUAGGGGGCAGCACUGCAAAGACCUUGAGCAGCAGAACAGACCAUGUGAACCUAAGGACUGCCUGGGUGAGUCUACUGCUGAACAUUUGUGGCCAGGCUGUGCUUCUCCUUGUGAAAAGCAUUGUGCACUACAGGGCCAGCAAGAUGCAUGUGUGGGACGUUCAGGUUGUACAGAAGGCUGCUACUGCCCUCAGGGUCUUCUGCAGCAGAAUGGGACAUGUGUGCCUCUUGAACAAUGUGGGUGUGUUCACCUCCCCCAGAGUGACUCAGACUCACCUGUCCCUGUCACUGUUCCAGAAGGGGAACUGCUCACUAUAGGCUGCAACACAUGUUUGUGCCAUAAUGGUUCUUUGAGGUGUGAUUCUCAAGAAUGUAAAGCAUCACUCAGUGAGUGGUCAGAGUGGACCUCCUGCUCUCCAUGCAUCCCUGCCUCCUCUCUUCAGUAUUUUGACUCUCAUCUGGGUGAGGGUAUAGAUGUUGACGGAGGUGCAGAAGUACACCCAGGCGCCUCAGGUCUGGUGUCAGUACAAAGGCGCUACCGAACGUGUCUGGACUUGGUCUCUGGUUUUCCUAUCAACGAAAAAAAUGGAGAGUGCUCCGGACCCCUAUUGGAGGAAAGGAUUUGCCCCCAGCCUGACCUUUGCAAAGACCCAUGCCAGUGGAGUGCGUGGGGGCCAUGGAGUGUGUGUCAGGAGCCCUGUAGUGGGGGAUUCCGCCAACGGGAGCGCCAAGCCCUGGCGACAGUCCUCGCACCCCACUGCAUGAAACGCCAGAGCCAAUCACAGAGCUGCAACACGGGACUCUGUCCAAGUGAGCGCUGCGAGGACAGGGGACGGAUCUAUGACGCCUCCUGUGCUAAUCGGUGUCCUCGUAGCUGUGCUGAUCUAUGGGAGCAUGUGCAGUGUUUACAAGGAGUCUGCCAUCCAGGUUGCCGGUGUCCUGAUGGCUGGUUGUUGCAGGACAAGGCGUGUGUAAGAGUGCCAGCUUGCCGCUGUGGGCUUUCUACAGAGAACGGCAUGCUAGAGCUUAUGCCUGGACAGAAUAUCACAGUUGACUGCAACACCUGCAAGUGUGUGAAUGGGUCACUGGUAUGCACAGACCGGCCCUGCCCUGUUUACGACCCUUGGGGCUCCUGGAGCGAAUGUUCAGUGUCAUGUGGGACUGGACAGAAAACACGCACACGUGCCUGCACACCUUUACCCAGUGGACCAUCAUGUGCAGAAACCAUCCAGCACCAGGAGUGCACUCUGCCCACUUGCCCAGCGAGCUGUGUCCUAAGUGAGUGGUCUUCCUGGAGUGAGUGUAGUGCUUCCUGUGGUGGAGGAAUGUCAAUGCGUAGGAAGAACAUUCUACAGGAGCCAGAGCCUGGAGGACUGGCCUGCCCAUCUCCUAUCGAGCAGCACAUUACCUGCAACACUAACAGCUGUCUGUCAGAGUGUCCUGAGGGCCAGGUGUUCAGUCUUUGUGUAGGUGCAUGCCCGUUUUCCUGCCAGGAUCUCUGGCCUGAGAGCCAGUGUCUGCCGGGACCCUGCAAGCCAGGCUGUGCUUGCCCUCCUGACAUGGUUAUGCUUAAUGGGUCAUGUGUGCCCCACUCUGAAUGCCCUUGUUCCCCACUGUCACUGCAGCUGAGGUUGGACAAUGUCACACUAGACUUUGGACAAGAGGAGUUUCCUCCUGGCACUGUUAUACCACAUCAUUGUAACGCAUGCAUUUGUGAAAAUGGAGUAUUCAGCUGUACAGAGGACUCCUGUGAUGUUGACUGUGAAUGGGGCAGCUGGUCCGAAUGGAGUUCGUGUUCAGUGACAUGUGGCUCUGGAGUGCAGAACUCUAGACGAUCUAUUGUACAGUCAAAGAUGUUCAUGGGACACGAGUGUGAAGGCCCAAGCCACAGGACCAAAGUCUGUACUGGGCCUGACUGUGCCUGUCCUGAUGGUGAACACUGGAGAAGAAGAAUGUCUGAAACCGAGCAUGUGUGUGAGAGAAGCUGUGUGGACAUUUACAGAAGUGAACCUCUAAACUGCACUGAACUGAACAGCCUCACGGAGGGCUGUGUGUGUGAGGACGGGUACUAUCGUAAUGCUGAAGGCCUGUGUGUGAUCCCGGCUCUCUGCCAGUGUGAGGAGAAAGACGGCACACUGAGAGAGCCUGGCUAUGAGUGGGAGGAAGAGUGCCAAACUUGUCUUUGUGUAAAUGGCCUAAAGCAGUGUAAAUCCAACUGCCCUCCACUUCUGUGUGACGAGGGCGAAGUCAAAGUGCUAGAAGAUGGACAGUGUUGCCCAGUCUGCAGGAAAGCAUACACAGAAGAGCCGAGCUCUCAGUGCCACCGUCACACUGAAAUCAGAAACAUCACCAAGGGCGACUGUCGUCUGGACAACGUGGAAGUCAGCUUCUGCAGGGGGCACUGUUUGUCUGGAACGGAUGUCAUUCUGGAGGAGCCGUACUUGCAGACCGUGUGUGACUGCUGCAGUUACAGGCUGGAUCCUCUAACCCCAGUACGCUUUCUAAGCCUGGAAUGUCUGAGUGGGGAGAGCGAGCCAGUGGUGCUGCCUGUCAUACAUAGUUGUGAGUGUACCAGCUGCCAGGGAGGAGAUCUGUCCAAACGUUAAACGCUUUUCAAGGAGUUGACAGCUUUGGAGAAGAAAAAGGUUUUAUCACCUCCA